AUGACUGUGGAAGCAAAGCGUGAUCAGCAGCAAGAUGUCCCAGGCCGCCUCACCUCGUCAGCAGUCAUGCCUUCAACCACCCGCGGACGAGACCAUGCAAACUCGUUCGUUAAGCGUUAUCGGACCGAAAUAGCCGCCAGCUCUUCGAGCGUCUUUUCCACGCUGGCCGCCUUCCCCCUCGACAGCGUCAAGACUCGUAUGCAGACCUAUCAGUACCGCGGGUUUCUAGACUGUGUCAAGCAUACAUAUCGCACCGAACACCUGGGUGGCUUCUUUCGAGGUGUUAUGGCCCCCAUGGCGAGCAUUACCCUGGUCCGAACCGUGUCAUUUUCGAUAUAUCAACGAGCUAAAUACUCAUAUGCUGGCUGGGUCAAGAGGAAUAUGGGAUACGACAUUCUUCGCCAUGUGAACAAGCCAGGAACGUACCCGAACCUGUACUCGGUGGCCUGCUUCGGCGCUGCAGGGGCCACUGCCGGCUCCGUCAUUACCUUUAUCGCCUGUCCGUUCGAGCUUACGAAGCUAAGCGCCCAGGUGUCUGUGCUACUUGCAGAACGAGCGGGCAGUUGUCAAAAGAGCAGAGCCGUAGCUUCAAGUUACCAAAAUAAGGGAACCCUGAGAACCAUGGCCAACAUUAUCAAACAUCGGGGAGUAUUGGGCUUAUACACUGGACUCAGAUUACACUUGUUGCGGGAUACGCUAGGCACAUCAAUAUACUUUAUGGUGUACGAGAGCGGGAAACAGCUCGGGACAACCCUAGCUGGUGACAAUCCAAACAGCAACAAGUUGGCAGUGGUAACGGCCGGCGGCAUGUGCGGUCUCGUGUCUUGGGCAUUAAUAUACCCUAUCGAUUCCGCCAAGAGCAUAUACCAACGAAACUCACUCCUUCACUCACGCGGAGAAAAAGUCGACCCCGCUCCCAAGAUCGAAUUCUUCAAACGCCACAUGUACCGUGGUCUCGGCGUCUCCAUGAGCCGCUCAUGCCUCGUCAACGCCAUCUUCUUCUCGUCAUUCGAAUUCGUCAAGAAGCGCAUCAAGACGCUAGACGACGACCCCAUCAAGCCAAGAACAUAA